AAAAAAAAAAAAAAAAAAAGCACGCGUCUCCUCCCCUCUCCAAUCUUCUCCUUCCUUCCUUCCUUCCCCACUGCAGGUGCAGCGAGCGCAAGUCUACCAAGGUCAAAUCCACCUUCUUCCCCACGUCCAUCCAACCAAACCCUAGGCAGGGGCCAGGGCUAAUUCCCCUCCCCACUCCCAUGGCCUCGGAUUUUGACGAGACCGACGAAGCCUUCUUCGACAAGCUAGUCAACUCCGACGACGACGACGACGAUCCCCCGGUCGCCACCGCCGCCGCCUCCGCCUCCGCGAGGGGCCUCGCCGCGCUAUCGCUGACCGACCAACCCGACGCGGCGCCGCCGCCUCGUGACCAGCCUGCGGUGGCGGCGCCACCGACGGAGGAGCCGGAGCGUGGCCCCUCGCCGGAGGUUGACCCUGCGGCCGUGCUGCAGCAUCCGGAGACCCAGGCUCGGGCCGCGGAGCCGGUCCCCGACCUCGCUGCGACCGCCGGGGCAGAUCCGUCCGGGGACCUCCUGCCGGAAGACGGAGAAGCCUUAUUCGGGGCUGCGGCUGUGCCCGGGGAUCACCAGGGCCUGCAGGCGUCGCCGUUGCUGUCGCUUCCAGCAGGUACCGGCGAUGUCAGCGCGCCGGAUCGCACCGUCUCUCAACAUACGGAUAGCAAUGCCAGUUCCCAGUUGGAUUCCAGCACAGCUGCGGAGGGGUCUGGGGAUCAGAGCGCCAAUGUGCAGUUGGAAUCCACCGAUCCCAGGUAUCUAGAGAGCCUCUACCCUGGCUGGAAGUACGACGACGCCACGCAGCAGUGGUACCAGGUAGAUACUCUUAGCGCGCAGAGCUAUGCUGCUCAGAAUACUGGUGCGGCUGUGGCAGGCCAUGGGAGUGAUGUUCAUCUUCAGCAGCAGCAGCGGCAGCUUGGUGCUUCGUACAUGCAAAACACUUCACAUUCAGAGACUGUGCUUGAACCUACGCAGCCGACUUCUCAGCCUGAGACUGAGGCUGACAAUCAGCCUGCUGUGGCGCCACUGAAAGAGGAGGAGGCAGAUUGUGAACCCGUGCAGAUGCAUCAUGUGGCUCAUACAGGGGUGGGAUAUGGGGAGAACAAUGCCAGUUCUCAGUUCCAAACAACGAGCAAUGCCAGCUCCCAGUUUGAUUCCAGCAUAACUGCUGAGGGAUACGGGGACCAGAGCGCCAAUGCGCAGUUGGAAUACAAUGAUCCCAGAUAUCUAGAGAGCCUCUACCCUGGCUGGAAGUACGACGAGGCCACACAGCAGUGGUAUCCGUUAGAUACUCUCAACACACAGACUUAUGCUGCUCAUGAUACUGGUGGUGCAGUGACAGACCUUGCGAGUGGUAGUGUUCAGCAGCAACAACAGUCUAGUGGUUCGUACCUAGAAAACACUUCACAUGCAGAGCCUGUGCUUGAACCUACAGAGCCGACCUCUGAGCCGAAGCCUCAGCUUGAGCCUGUGGUAGCCCCUCCUGGGACUGAGGUUGAUAAUCAGCCUACAGUGGCCCCACAGAAAGAGGAGCGGGUGGAGCAUGAACCCAUGCUGGUGUAUACAAAGCCGGAAGCUGAGGAGAUUCCUGCUUAUGCUGGUGACACUGCCACAGCGAAAGAGGGUGUGUCCCCAGGGUCAGAGAAAGGUAUCCAUACCGCCAUCAAGCAGGUGCAGUGGAAUGACUUUGGUGCCAGCACUGGUGGUGGUGGGGCAGAUCUGUUUGGGGACCUCCUGCCCGAUGGAGCUGGGGAUGACUUCUUUGGGGGCACUGUCCCUGGCAACCAAGGUGUCCAGUCAUCCUUGGUAGGUGCUAAAAAUGUUAGUGCACCAGAUCACAGCUUCUCUACAGGACUGGAUAACAGUGCCAUGAUUAGUGCUGGACACAACUUCUCUGGCGGAGUCAAUAAAAAUGCCAACACUCAUUUCAGUUCCAGUGGAAGUAGUGCAGGGUAUGGGGAUCAGAGCACUAAUGCACAAUUGAACUCCACUGAUCCCAAAUACCUGGAGAGCCUCUACCCAGGGUGGAAGUACGAUGAGGCGACACAGCAGUGGUAUCAGGUAGGUACCCACAGUGCACAGAGUUACAUUGCUGAUAAUACUGGUGCUGUUGUAGCCCUUGGGACUGACAAUACCCAGCAAAAUCAGCAGCAGUUUAGUGCAUCGUACUUGCAAAGCAAUUUACAUGCAGUACUUGAGACCAUUGCGGAGGAGAGCAGCACCAAUGCCACGAGCUGGCCCCAGGGUGGGACCAACCCAGGGCCUGCAGAAUACCCAUCGAACAUGCUGUUCUAUGCAGAAUACCCAGGAUGGUACUUUGACACCAACACUCAACAAUGGCAAACACUUGAGUCAUACCAGCAAAGUGUUGCACAGGUUGCAACUACUGUAGCAGCCUCAGAUGUGUUCGCAGGGGCAGGCCAUAGUGUAGCUCAUUACACUGAGGAUUCUUAUGCAAGUAGCUAUAACCAGCAGAGCCAGUGGCAGCCAAAUUCGUUGGGUAACACCAUGCAGCCUGAUGUUUCGGGGGGUAAGAGCUUGUUAGGUAGUUCCUAUAGUUCCAAUCAGCAGGCUGGGAAUCAGAUUGGGCAGCAAGCCAAUGCUGAGUCUUUGCAAUCGUCUAUAAAUCACGAGCCUAAUCAUAUAGAGACAUUCAUGCCUUCUACAGGUCAAUACACUGGUAGUGAGGGAAAUCAGGCUAGCUAUAAGGGGUUCGAACCUUUUACAGGGAACCAGAGUUGGUACAGGGGUUUGGAGCAUUCUACAAGUAAGGAGUUAAGGUACAAAGGGUUUGAACCUUCAACAGGUUUCCAGAAUAGUCGCAAGGAAUUCCAGCCUCCUAAAGAUCACCAGGAUGGCCACAUGGCAGACGAACCUUUGAUAAGAGAUGGGUAUGUUAGUUCAAAUGGGGUUGCCAAUACACAAAAUUUUGUACCAAAAGAAAGCAUAUACAAGACACAAAUGCAUGAUGAUUCCACUGCACAUACUCAUUUGGCAAGUAACUAUUGGGGUACUCAGACCUCAUCGGGCAUUGCUCAACAGCAACUGAUUGGUACAAAUGAUCCAUCCCAACAUUUUGGUUUCUCACCACACGAGCAGAGAUCAUCAGCUGGACGCCCACCACACACUGUGGUAUCCUUUGGAUUUGGGGGGAAGCUUGUAGUUCUUAAAGAAACCAGCUCCAUGGCUGCAGACUUUGACAGCGGAAAUCAGGGCAAUUCUGGUCGAACAAUAUCAGUUCUUAAUAUUCCAGAGGUUGUUGCUGAUAAAAUUGACCACUCAAGCAUCACUAACAGUGGUGCAUUUAGCUACUUCCAUGCUUUGUGUCGCCAUCCUAUUCCUGGCCCUCUUGUUGGUGGAAGUGCUGCAUCAAAGGAUGUGAACAAAUGGCUUGAUGAUAUGACUGGAGUAUAUGAAUCUUCUCAGACGGAAUUCCAGGGAGGGGAUGUUCAGAAGGUGCUUAUUUCAUUGUUGAAAAUAUUGUGUCAACACUAUGGAAAGCUUCGUUCACCCUUUGGGUCUGACCCAUCACAAGAGGGUAUAGAUGGCCCAGAGAUGGCAGUGACGAAACUUUUUUCAUCUUGCAAGAGCAGUGCUAAUAUGAAAGGGUAUGGAGCUGUUGUCCAUUGCAUGAGAAAUCUUCCCUCAGAAAGCCAGAUUCAGACUACUGCCCAGGAGGUUCAAAAUCUUCUGGUUUCUGGUAGAAGGAAAGAGGCCCUUCAGCAUGCACAGGAAGGUCAGCUUUGGGGCCCUGCACUGAUCCUUGCUUUACAACUUGGUCAUAAGUUUUAUGCGGAUACUGUGAAGAAAAUGGCUCACUGCCAUUUUGUUUCCGGAUCACCCUUGAGGACAUUGUGCCUUCUUAUUGCUGGACAACCUGCAGAUGUUUUCAAUUUUGAGAAUCCUGUUAACAGUGGUUCUUUGUGUUCUCCCCACCAGCCUGUAGAGGCUGCUCCUAAGGGUAUGCUGGAUGACUGGCAAGAGAAUUUGGCAAUUAUAACAGCAAACAGGACAAAAGGUGAUGACCUUGUAAUUACCCACCUUGGGGAUUGCCUCUGGAAAGAGAAAAAUGAGGUUGCAUCUGCUCACUCAUGCUAUUUAGUUGCUGAACUAAAUAUUGAUUCGUACUCUGAAAGUGCAAGGAUGUGCCUUAUUGGUGCAGAUCACUUGAGAUGUCCGCGCACAUUUACCAGCCCUGAAGCAAUCCAGAGAACAGAGGUUUAUGAGUAUGCAAAGGUUCUUGGCAAUUCUCAGUAUAUUCACUUGUCAUUUCAACCAUACAAGCUGAUAUAUGCAUAUAUGCUUGCGGAGGUUGGGAAGAUUUCUGAUUCACUAAAGUAUUGUCAAGCAUCUCUAAAGGUGCUGAAGUCCUCUGGUCGUGCACCUGAACUAGAAGCAUGGAAGCAAUUGUUUAUGACCCUGGAGGACCGGAUACGUACCCAUCAACAGGGUGGAUAUGCAACAAAUCUUGCCCCAGGAAAGAUUGUUGGAAAGCUUUUCACAUCACUUGAUAAAUCUUUGUCCCGCAUGAUGGGUACACAAGCUGCACCGUUGCCUCAACUGCCGCAGGGUGUUGCAAAUGAGAGAGAUGUUUAUUCUCCUCCUGAUACAAAAGUUGUAAAUAGUCAGUCAGUGAUGUCCAUGACACCUUUAGUGUCCUCUGCUUCGGAGCAGUCUAUGAGUGAAAUUGGAGGAAAUAGUGGCUAUGGCAGGGAAGUUGCGCAUAACAGAAGUAUUUCUGAGCCAGACUUUGGCAAAAGCCCCCAACAUCAGGGUGUUGUAUCAAGUAAGGCACAAAGCACAUCAGGUUCAGGCAGUUCACGCUUUGGAUGGUUGGUGGAGAAGACAAUGGGGCUUGUUUCGAAAUCUCACCGCCAGGCAAAGCUAGGGGAACAGAACAAGUUCUACUAUGACGAGAAGCUGAAGCGGUGGGUGGAAGAAGGCGCUGAGAUACCUGCUGAGGAGCCUCCACUUCCCCCACCUCCGUCAAAAGUGCCAUUCCAGAGCAGUGUUCCAUAUCCCAACUCGAAUGCUCCUCCCACUGGUGGAGGUUAUUCCUCAAAUCCCCCGGAGCCUAGUUCCGGGAUGCCACCCAUGCCUCCCACCCAGAACCAGUUCUCAGCGCGUGGAAGGAUUGGUGUUAGAUCAAGAUAUGUGGAUACUUUUAACAAAGGUGGUGGUGGUGUAAAUGCCUUUGGAGCAGCAACAUCAUAUAGCAAACCAGCAGCUCCAUCUAUAAAUCCAAUGUCUGGUGCAAAGUUCUUUGUGCCAACUCCAGCUACUGUUGCUUCAGAACUGAUGGCUGAGCCAGGUGCCCACAGUGAAACCACGCGACAGGAUGAACCAUCUUCCUCACCAGCGAUGGAGACAGCAUUCAGUUCGCCGCCAGCACUGAUACCGAUGCAGUCAACCAUUCAGCGGUACCCAAGUGGUGACAACAUUCAGCGGUACCCAAGCGGUGACAACAUUCCACAGCACCCAAGCAGUGACAGCAUUCAGCGGUACCCAAGCGGUGACAACAUUCCACAGCACCCAAGCAGUGACAGCAUUCAGUGGUACCCAAGCGGUGACAACAUUCCACGGCACUCAAGUAGUGACAACAUUCAGCGGUACCCAAGUAUGGACAACAUUGUGUCUCCCUCAGGUAGCGUUAACAGCUCAAUGUCAAGGUCAAGAGCGUCGUCAUGGAGCGGAACAUUACCAGAGCAGUUGAGCAGCACUGCUGCUACCAGGUCACCUGAUGGACAGAUCAUGCAGUCACCAUCGAUGCCUGGAAAAAGGCCUCCGCACAGCCGUUCCAGCAGCACUUCUUCUGCCCAGUUCAAUGGUUUGGGUGAAGAACUUCACGAGGUGGAGCUCUGACACUUGGCCGCAGAUUUCACCUUUUUGACCAUCAUGUGAUUUAUUACUAGCUGGAUGUGUGUCUAGAAAGCAAAGGAAAGGAAAUUGAAGGAGAAAAAAAAGAGUGGUAUCCCUUUUCAAUUUUUACAUGAGAAGCCUGUGGAUGCUGCUGCAUUGUACAGAUAGUUCACAAGUUCGCCAGAUGAAAAAUGUAUAAGAAGAGACGUAGGUUCAAGAUAGGAAGUUGUAGAAAGGCUGACAAUACCUCUUUUGUUUUGUGCUUAACACUUUAAGAUUAAAACCAUGAUGAUUCAUCAUUGUUAAGAUGGACGCUUGGAAAAACUUGGACAAAUAAGGCCUUGUGGCUGGUAACACUAACCUCAAUAAUGUUGGUCCGCAUCUUGUUCGUCUACCCUCGUGUACUGGAUGAAACUUUCUUGUUCAUA